GACCUUCAGACCGAAUUGCCAAAAUAAAAACAACGGGACGGAGGUACAUGGUACCUGCUGCUUUCCGCAGCUGGAAUGCGGCAGUGCCCACCAGCCCUGCUGCCGGAGCCCGGAGCCCAGCUCCCUGCACCUUGCUCUCUGCAGCUGGAGAAACAUCUGCAUGCUCUCUUUCCCAAGGACGCCUGGUGCCGGUCGCUGAGCUCCUGCCCCAGCUGUAAGGAGAGGGGACUAUUUCUGCUGGCUUUAUGUACGUGGCCUGGAUGGAGCCCUCCUCCACUGCCCUGGGGAAGACGAAGGGUAAUGCUCCUGGCUGACCUCAUCAAGCACGGCCGUGAGAGGAUAGGACAAACCAUCAAGGCCUCCGGCUCCAGACUCUGCUCGUAUGCUGAACGAGUUGCUUUUUUAAUGGAUCGUUCUCGGAGCCCGGACAAAAGCACCCAGCCUCCAACACCAACUGACAACAUCAACCUUGGACCUUCUGCUAACCCAAAUGCCAAGCCAACAGACUUUGACUUCCUGAAGGUUAUUGGCAAAGGAAGCUUUGGCAAAGUUCUUCUGGCCAAACGCAAGUGUGAUGGGACUUUUUAUGCUGUGAAAGUCUUGCACAAGAAAACCAUCCUGAAGAAAAAAGAGCAAAACCACAUCAUGGCAGAGCGCAAUGUGCUCCUGAAAAAUGUCAAGCACCCCUUCCUUGUGGGACUCCAUUACUCCUUCCAGACCUCAGAGAAGCUUUACUUUGUGCUUGACUAUGUAAAUGGGGGAGAGCUCUUCUUCCACUUGCAAAGGGAGCGCUGCUUCCGUGAGCCCCGGGCCCGAUUCUAUGCUGCAGAAGUCGCUAGCGCAAUUGGGUACCUGCAUUCCUUAAACAUCAUUUACAGGGACUUAAAACCUGAGAACAUCCUCCUGGAUUGUCAGGGACACAUAGUAUUGACGGACUUUGGACUCUGCAAAGAAGGAAUGGAGCAAGAGGAGACAACUUCUACUUUUUGUGGCACUCCUGAGUACUUGGCUCCUGAGGUGCUAAAAAAGCAGCCGUAUGACAGGACAGUAGACUGGUGGUGCCUGGGAGCUGUUCUCUAUGAGAUGCUGUUUGGUCUGCCUCCAUUUUACAGCCGGGAUGUGUCUCAAAUGUAUGACAACAUUCUGCACAAGCCACUCCAGAUCCAAGGAAGCAAGACUGUAGCAGCUUGUGACAUCCUCCAGGGACUUCUCCACAAGGAUCAGAAGAGGAGGCUGGGUGCCAAGACAGACUUUCUUGAGAUAAAGAACCACGUAUUCUUCAGCCCAAUAAACUGGGAUGACUUGUACCACAAAAGGAUUACUCCUCCAUUUAACCCCAAUGUGGCCGGUCCAGCUGAUCUGCGACACUUUGAUCCAGAGUUCACCCAAGAAGCGAUCUCCACCUCCAUCACCCACACACCUGACCUAGCAGCCAGCAGCUCCAGUGCCUCAGAUGCGUUUUUAGGGUUUUCUUAUGCACCAACUGAAGAGGACAUCUAGGUUUUAUAAAGGCUUUGAGAAGCCAGAUUUUAACUGAUUGGGUUUUAUGUUUGGGGUUGUUUUUUUCUUUUUCCUGAAAGGACUGGCACUGUCCUUUGCUCAUGGUUUAAGGAGAUUGGGAUUAAUACACUAACGGCUGGGAUGCAACAGAGCUCUUAACUCUUGCUGUUUGGUGGAUUUCCCUCUAAAUGACUUCCUCUGACAUGGAAAGUGGGACACUGAUGAUUAUUAUUUCCCCCCUGAGUAUCUUGUGCUACUUAGCAGGAUUGAAUUCACUCUGUGGCUGUAUUUAUGGCAGAGGUGUGUACUAUCAUUCACAUCAGCAGCUCUGUCCCUCUAACUGGCCACGUUUUGUUUUUUUUUUGUGUGUGGAGCUAACGCUGCCCAGCUAUGUCCAACUGCUUUGCCCCUGUAACAGAGAAGGGAAAAACUCUUCACGCUUCCUUCUUUUAAGCAGACUGUCACUUAUGCCACUCAAACUGUUUCACCUUUGGAGUAAUAACUGUUGCUGCAGUUCUGAAAAUCCUGAACUGAGCUGUGGCCUUUCAUGCCAGCCAGGCCCUCCCUACAGUGAGCGGAUCAUCCCUCUCUGGGCCAGCAUUGGGAUGCUGCUGAAGCAACAAGAAGGCUGUUAUGGAAUAGCCAGUGUGUGUGAGAAAAUCGCGGAUUAAAAGGGGUGGGGGAGAGGCCAAAGGGCUCGGGCAAAAUCAAAAUAACCUUACGGCCAAAACCUGCUGGGGGUGAAGGGGUCUUUUCACAGCCUGUGUGUGGUUUACCAGAGGCACACCACCACCACUGCGAUGAGCACGAUCCAGGGCGCUGCAGCGCACGGGACCGCACGCAGCGAGGGGAGCCUGAGCCUGGCUCCACACCCCGGAGAGGGAGCAGCAGCCAUCCUCCUCCUCUUCCAGGCUCUGGCGCCUGCCUGAAACUGCCUGUCACUGAUGUAGAAGUUAUUUAUUCUGCCUUAACUUAAAUGCUUGUAUAGCCACUGAAUGUCACUUUACACUUUUUAUUUUUUAAAGUUAUUUUGCUGUGUUGCUGUGUGGAGGAGAAAGGGGGCGAAGGGCUUUGAACUGCAGCACAAGAAUAAACAACCUGUUCAUGCUGUUGGGAAGCUUGUGCUGGAACAACUUUUUUUUUUUAAUUGGACUUAAUCUUGUACCUAUUGAAGUCAUCAGAACUGUGAUAUGGUUUAUAUUAAAGUGCAUACACUGGUGUA